GUCAGAUAACAAGAGCCAGACGUCGGACAACUCUCCUACUGACCAGAGGGUGUUCGCUGGCUGCUCCAAUGACACACGCCUCUAUGGAAAUGCAGCCCCUCAGCUUCUUCCUGCCUAAAACCCAGGGCCACCCCUCUGUCCCUCUACCCCCUCCUCCACCUCCCUCUCACCCUCCACCCCUCACUCUGCCCCUCUUUUUCCCUCCCCUCAGCUCCCUGUCUUCCCUUUCUCAGGUCACACCCUCCCUCUUCCUGAGUGGCGGGAUUGUGGCCUCAGAUGGACAGGCCCUCCGCAACCGGGGCAUCACCUGUGUGGUGAACGCUACGCUGGAGAUGAAUGGCCCUCGCUGGCCAGGCCUUGAGUACUUACGAGUGCCCUUACCAGACCUGCCUCACGCUCCCCUCUCCCUCUACUUUGACUUGGUGGCAGAUCGGAUCUGGCAGGUGGCCCGACGGGGGGGCCGCACCCUGGUGCAUUGUGCAGCAGGCAUUAGCCGAUCCCCCACCCUCUGCCUGGCCUACCUGAUGAAAUACCAUAGGCAGAGCCUGCGCAAGGCCUAUCGCUGGCUCCACUCCCGCCGCCCUAUCAUCCGCCCCAACAUCGGCUUCUGGCGUCAGCUGAUCGACUACGAGAGGCAGCUCUUCGGCAGAUACAGUGUUCGUGUGGUACCCACCCCCCUGGGCUUGGCCCCUGACCUCUAUCUGCAGGAGGGGCAUGGUCUACUGCCCUACUGGGCCUUCCAAUGAAACAGAGAGAGAGAAAACCUUAUCAGAGCCACUGCUGCUUUCUUGGGCUAGGAUGAGGGAAUUGUGGGAGGACGGAGGUGAGGGAGAGAUGUCUGGGGUUGGGAAUCAUCUCUCUUCCUGUCACCACCCAGCACAACAGAAAGGGAAAUAAGAUCGUU